GGAUAACGGGCCGCACAAGAGGGAGGGAUACGGUCGGUCUGGCUGUGUGUUGCCAUGUGUGCAGGAUUCAUACCCCAAUAAUUUCGGAGGGAGAAGCAGUCAGUUUGUGGAAGCAGCCAUUGUCUUUAGAAACAGCCUUGGAUUUAAUCACAAUUUUGAUCGGAGCCUUCUUUGUAGGCUCAAGGUCCAAAGGUCUGGGCGCUUAGUCCUUCUUAGGAGCUCUGUGGUGUCACAACUUUUGAUUUCACUCCUCUCGAGAGAAGUGACCGCCGUUGUGCAAUUCGCUGUGCACCGUAGAGGCUUUUACAAGUUCCCCAACUUGUGAAGGAAGGCCGUGACUAAACAAAUGUCAGCCACACGAAUGCAGCUGCUGUCACCCCGAAACGUGAGGCUUUUGAGCCGGGGGCGAAACGAAUUGUUAGCCGGGGCUGGCCCCAGGGUCUGCUCACUCACCUCUCCCCCUCUGUCGUCCUCCUCUCCCGGCAGAGCUUUGUCGAGUCUGAGCGCGACGCGGCGUGGGCUCCCCAAAGAGAAAAUGUCCGAGAAUGGAGUGUUACCCCGGGCCAAGGUGUUGACCAUCGACAGCAUGAACCCCACGGUGAAGAAGGUGGAGUACGCCGUGCGGGGCCCCAUCGUGCAGCGGGCUCUGGAGCUGGAGAGGGAGCUCUCUGAGGUUUGUACUCGCUGUCUGAUCUCUAUGGACAAUAUCUGCUCUUUGUAUUUCAAACUCACCCCAAACAUGUUGUUAUAG